GGAGCGAGGCCAGGGUAGGGUGAGCGGCCUCCGAAGCUGAGCGGGGCUCUGAGGAGACACUUUUUUUUUUUCCUCCCUCCUUCCCUCCUCUCCUCCUCCCUUUCCCUUCCCCUCUCCUCCCCUCUCUCCUCCUUCCCCCCUCGGUCCGCUGGAGCCUGCUGGGGCGAGUGGUUGGUGUUACAGGCGCUCACUCUCCGGGGCCGCCCGGCGGGUAGCUGGCGGGGGGAGGAGGCAGGAACCGCGAUGGCGCCUCAGAAGCACGGCGGUGGGGGAGGGGGCGGCUCGGGGCCCAGCGCGGGGUCCGGGGGAGGCGGCUUCGGGGGUUCGGCGGCGGUGGCGGCGGCGACGGCUUCGGGCGGCAAAUCCGGCGGCGGGGGCUGUGGCGGCGGCGGCGGCGGUUACUCGGCCUCCUCCUCCUCGUCGGCGGCGGGGGCCGCGGUGUUACCGGUGAAGAAGCCGAAAAUGGAGCACGUCCAAGCUGACCACGAGCUCUUCCUCCAGGCCUUUGAGAAACCAACACAGAUCUAUAGAUUUCUUCGAACCCGAAAUCUCAUAGCACCAAUAUUUUUGCACAGAACUCUCACAUAUAUGUCUCAUCGAAAUUCCAGAACAAACGUCAAAAGGAAAACAUUUAAAGUUGAUGAUAUGUUAUCAAAAGUAGAGAAAAUGAAAGGAGAGCAAGAAUCUCAUAGCUUGUCAGCUCACUUGCAACUUACAUUUACUGGUUUCUUCCACAAAAACGAUAAGCCAUCGCAAAACUCAGAAAAUGAACAAAAUUCUGUUACCUUGGAAGUCCUGCUUGUCAAAGUUUGCCACAAAAAAAGAAAGGAUGUGAGUUGUCCAAUAAGGCAAGUUCCCACAGGUAAAAAGCAGGUGCCUUUGAAUCCCGAUCUCAAUCAAACAAAACCUGGAAAUUUCCCGUCCCUUGCAGUUUCCAGUAAUGAAUUUGAGCCUAGUAACAGCCAUAUGGUGAAGUCUUACUCAUUGCUGUUUAGAGUGACUCGUCCAGGAAGAAGAGAGUUUAAUGGAAUGAUUAAUGGAGAAACCAAUGAAAAUAUUGAUGUUAAUGAAGAACUUCCAGCCAGAAGAAAACGAAAUCGUGAAGAUGGGGAAAAGACGUUUGUUGCACAAAUGACAGUAUUUGAUAAAAACAGGCGCUUACAGCUUUUAGAUGGGGAAUAUGAAGUAGCCAUGCAGGAAAUGGAAGAAUGUCCAAUAAGCAAGAAAAGAGCAACAUGGGAGACUAUUCUUGAUGGGAAGAGACUGCCUCCAUUUGAAACAUUUUCUCAGGGACCUACAUUGCAGUUCACUCUUCGUUGGACAGGAGAAACCAAUGAUAAGUCUACAGCUCCUAUUGCCAAGCCUCUGGCCACUAGGAAUUCAGAGAGUCUCCAUCAAGAAAACAAGCCUGGUUCAGUCAAACCUACACAAACUAUUGCUGUUAAAGAAACAUUGACUACAGAUCUACAAACAAGAAAAGAAAAAGAUACAUCAAAUGAAAACCGACAAAAAUUAAGAAUAUUUUAUCAGUUCCUUUACAACAAUAAUACAAGACAACAGACUGAAGCAAGAGAUGACCUGCAUUGCCCUUGGUGCACUCUGAAUUGCCGCAAGCUUUAUAGUUUACUCAAGCAUCUUAAACUCUGCCACAGUAGAUUUAUCUUCAAUUAUGUUUAUCAUCCAAAAGGUGCUAGGAUUGAUGUUUCUAUCAAUGAAUGUUAUGAUGGCUCCUAUGCAGGAAAUCCUCAGGAUAUUCAUCGCCAACCUGGAUUUGCUUUUAGUCGCAAUGGACCAGUAAAGAGAACACCUAUCACACAUAUUCUUGUGUGCAGGCCAAAACGGACAAAAGCAAGCAUGUCUGAAUUUCUUGAAUCUGAAGAUGGAGAAGUGGAACAGCAGCGAACAUAUAGUAGUGGCCACAAUCGUUUGUAUUUCCACAGUGAUACCUGCUUACCUCUCCGUCCACAAGAAAUGGAAGUAGACAGUGAAGAUGAAAAAGAUCCUGAAUGGCUAAGAGAAAAAACCAUUACUCAAAUUGAAGAAUUUUCUGAUGUUAAUGAAGGAGAGAAAGAAGUAAUGAAACUAUGGAAUCUCCAUGUCAUGAAACAUGGGUUUAUUGCUGACAAUCAAAUGAAUCAUGCGUGUAUGCUGUUUGUAGAAAAUUAUGGACAGAAAAUAAUUAAGAAGAAUUUAUGUCGAAAUUUCAUGCUUCAUCUAGUCAGCAUGCAUGACUUUAAUCUUAUUAGCAUAACGUCAAUAGAUAAAGCUGUUACCAAGCUUCGUGAAAUGCAACAAAAAUUGGAAAAAGGAGAAUCUGCUUCCCCUGCAAGUGAAGACAUAACAGAGGAACAAAAUGGGACAGCAAAUGGAUUUAGUGAAAUUAACUCAAAAGAAAAAGCUUUGGAAACAGAUGGUGUCUCAGGGGUUUCAAAACAGAGCAAGAAACAAAAACUCUGAAAAGAUCUAACCCCACGUUAUGGACAAACACUGAAAUUGCAUUCUAGGGAAUUCAGCCUCUAGGAAGAGUUGUGCUUUUGUUUCUUUUUUAAAUCAGUAGAUUCCAAACAGGCAGUGUUAGAUGAAGUAAAUGAUUUCAACAAGGAUAUCUGUGCAUCAGGGUUUCACUUCAGUUCCUUAUGCAACAUUACAUGUAUCUCAGUUUUAUUGAUGUCAAUAAAACAAUUUCUAGUUGGAGCAUGAAAAGCAGUAUUUCAAAGUUCCUUUAACGGCAGGUUGUCUUACAAAUAUAUUAAUCUAGAAAUUAUUUCUUAUACUUAAAACUAUAAUGCUUUUUGCAUUUCUGACUGGCUGUUUUUCUACUUUGUAAUUGUGAGACGAUUUUCUUGGGGAGGGAAAAUUGGAGUGUUGGUUUUUUUUAAGAAGUUGAAGAGUUUGUCAAAUGGUUGCAUUACUACUAGAAACCUUGAUCCUUGAUUUUUGAAAUCAUUUAUCAAUUUGGAAUAAAAAAUGCAAUGCAAGAUAAACAUUACAUAAGUUAAUUUUAGUUUUAAAGUAGCACUUCUUCAUCUUAUGCCU